AAUCAUGAACCGUGGAACAACAGGGCGCUCAUUGAAGGGUUUGCCGCUGCAAACUUCGCAACCAGACUCAGCUUUUAGCUGUACUGCCCCGCACAAUUUCCUCCUAUCAACCAUCGCCUGCUACCACCGCAAAAACGUCGUUCCUCUUCCAGCCAGUACUGAAUUGGGAAGAGAUAAAAGGCUGCUACUAGAACCGAGAUCAGCAAUUGCGUUAUUUCCACCAUCCACCACGAGAUUUCUCCGGGUUUUUGAACCGCCAUCUGUUCCAAUUCUGAUAAUCCAGGCGGCAAAAGGAUUUGCGGUUCCUCACCAGAACUAUCCGUGGGUCAAUGGCAUCGAGCAACGAACUGGUAUCGUGGUUAUUGAGUUGCACGGCCCUGACAGUUCAUCAAGAGUACCCGAAACGAACCCAAGUAUGCCGGAUCUGCCUAGCAGCAGUCACCGUGCUCGCCGGAUACCGUUGACAUGUUGCUAUCUUGGUCCACGUAUAGUAAGCGGAAAUCUACAGCCUCAUAACAAUGCAUCCCCCACCUACAAGCCAUAUUCCUGAUUCAAGGAUUAUUUUUGUUUUUGGUUCCGUCAACUUCACUUAAACUUGCUUGUGCUGUACCCUCUUAUGCCAUUGAUUUCAUUCUGGUGCAAGUUAGUCGAAAAAUUAUAAUUUCAACUUUUUAUAUUUGAAUAAAUUUACAUGAUAUUUUGCUUACUCGGUUUAUUUUAUUUGUAAUAAAUAUAAGAAAAU